AAAGAAAUGAUAUUUUCGGAAAAAUUCAAUGGCUAAUUCAUUUUUUGACUUUGAUACACUAAACAAUGGGGAUAAUUUGCUUCCACCUGAUGAAGAUGACUGUUUAGAUAAUGAAGAAGAAUAUGAUGCUCUUAAUGAUGAGACAUUUGGAGGUCUUGAGGAUACUGCCAGUUUGGAUGACUGGGAACAGCAGCAUGAACAGUAUGCAGAAAUUGCUGAAAGUUCCAAACAGAGUGAGCAAAUAGAAAACUCCUUAUCACAAUUAGUUCUUGAUGAUGAACCUGAAGACCGUGUUUCGCUCUCAAGUUCUGUUUGGUCAUACACACCUUCCACCAAAAAUGGAGAUAUAUUUAACAGCUCUAUUUUGUCAUCGUUACAGAAAGCUUCAAAAGCAUUUAUUGAAUCCCACAGCGAUGCUCCCUCCUCAAACCAUGAUCUACCAUUACUACCGCCGACACCAAUAUUGCCUGCACAACCUAAAAAAAUUUGCACUGUCGAGGAAUUGGAAAAGAGCCUUAUUAACACAAGUAAAAACACAGUACCGAGCUCAACAGCUGCAAGUACUGUGUUGCUACCACCACAACCACAGCAGCAGCAAGUUCACAGACCAGUUCUACCUCUGCCCGGCCACCAUCAUCAGGGGCAUGGAUUUCAUCCGAUGCUGCAGCAUACCCUCCCAAACACGAGACUUCCACCACCCGGAUUGCCUCCGAUGAACAUCCCCCCUCCAGGCUUACGACCGUUAAAUCAUAUUCCGAUUUUACCACCCGGAAUCUUAAGGCCGAUGCCGCCACAUCCACAAUUCAUGCAAAACGGACCCCCAAGGCCACCUGGUUUCAUGUAUCCACCAGGUGCCAACCAGAAUCAAUAUCCUAUUGGCCAUCCGUUUCCGUUUCCCCCACCACUUGCUCGCGCUAUGACGAACCUGAAUCAGCAACAGCAACGCCUACUCCACAACAACAUCAACCAACAACACCACCAGCAGCCUCAUCAGCAAAUUCACCAUCAGUCUCUCCAACACCAGCAAAAAGAAAGAUCAAGACAUGAUAGUGGAAGCUAUAGACACCAUCAUCAGAGAGAACAAGAACCAAAGGACGAAUACGCUGGUCUUAUGACGAUGAGAGAAAAACAAUGGUUGUUAAAUAUUCAAAUGCUGCAGUUGAAUACCGGCACGCCAUAUUUUGAUGAUUACUAUUACACAAUCUUUAAGGAAAGGAAAUUAAAAGGUAACAACAAAGAAAAUUCUAACGAAAGAAACGUACAUCAUAAAAGGCAACACAGGAACAGUGAUAGGCAAGAAAAUGCAAAUACACUAACACCACGGGUCUAUACGCCUUUGCAAUUUGAAAAUUCGUUGGGCAAGUUACAGUGUGGGUCGGUCACGGCUCCUCGAAAAAUCAUUGACAUGGACAUUGUUACUCCGGACAAAGAAACUGACAGUCCUCAGGUACCGAGGGAUACAAGGAAGACGAAGCAGCUGUUGUUAGAACUAGAAGCAUUGUACGCGUUACUGCUUAAGGCGGAAGAUAUCAAUAAUCCUUUGUAUAUAAGCAAUAUGGAUAAGUUAAGAGAAAUGAAGCAGAAACAAAGAUUAAGAGAGUUGGAGUUAGCCCCCACGCCAGAACAAAAACGAGAAGUCCUAAGACUGUUUAAGUUAGAAAGUGAAAUUGUUUUAGAAAAUCAAUACGACUAUAUAGUAAAGAUUUUUCAAGGCUUUGUACAAGAAGAGAAGAUCUGUAGUUUCAUUAACAUUCGCAAAGGAAAGAUGCUGCUAUUAAGACUUUUACCGCAUCUGACAUUAGACAUGUUCCCAAGUCAACUGUUGGAGUUGUGGUGUAAAGUUUUGCUCAGUUUACCCAUCAUAGGAAGAAGAGACACCGCUGGUGACAACAUUUUACCGAAAUUGUACCCAUUUUUGAAAAGAUAUGUACAGUCUAGUAAUAUGUCAGACGUGUUAGAAAUAGCGACGGGACUAGUAGAAGUAGUCAGGCAGGAGUCCAAUAGAAGUACUCCCUUGAGCCACGUGGGCAAGUCUCCCUUAUAUUUUGUUUUAUUAAAUAAGUUCGGCGUUUCAGCUUUAGUAGUACUACUAAUCAGAGCUGAAUGUCUCCUAUCAUCAGACUCCGUAACGGAAAAGCAGCAGAACACGUGGUCCAACUUCUUGGUGAGUUGGGCUCAGCUCACAGAGUCAGUGAGUAAGAUUCCCGAACCCAUCGAUACCAUCCCCUCGCCAAUAUUUCACAAGCAUUGCAACAGAUUUAAAAUUUUAAAGACAGACAAGAGAAAAUUGUUAAAAAAAUAUUUUGUUGAUUGUAACUCUAAUGUAUAAAGUUAUAUAUCUAAGGAAAAGGUCCUAUCUACUUCCGUAUUAACUUGAAUGUGCAGGGUGUUCGAUAUAUUUUCUCUUAUUUUAUGUUCGGAACAGUUUAAGAGUAACACAUACUCUAUUAUUAGGUGGUACUAGGCACCCUUAGGCCUUGAAAAACAUUAAGAGUUAAGAUUAUAGAAUGUUUUUAUCUUUCUGAUAAAAACAUUUGCUCUUCCACUUCUAACCAAAAAUAUUGGGAGAUUUGUCAGUACAGUAAAUUUGUCCCAUUGAAUUGGUCAAUUAUUGACAUAUUUUUUGUGAUUUAUAAUUUUCAAGGUUUUUAAAAAAUGUUAAGAUUAUCUUCAUUACAAUAUAAAAUGAG